UCCUCCGGUGGCGGGUUGAAUCCUCAGACCUUGAGCUCGGCGCAGGCAUGAGCUGGUGGCCGGGUGUGUGGCGCUCUGUUUGGAGCGCCUUGUCCAGGGAGGUGAGGGAGCACGUGGGCACGGACCAUCUUGGGAACAAAUACUACUACGUCGCCGAAUACAAGAACUGGAGAGGGCAGACUAUUCGAGAGAAAAGGAUUGUAGAAGCAGCGAACAGAAAAGAGGUAGACUAUGAAGCAGGAGACAUCCCAACCGAGUGGGAAGCAUGGAUUAGAAGAACAAGGAAGACCCCACCUACUAUGGAGGUGAGAAUGCAUGGGAAAUAUUGA